AUGGCUCUGGUACGAGAUGCUGGAUGUGAAAGGUUAAAAAAAUUGGAAGAAUGUUAUCUCAGUGCUGUCCAUCAUGAAGACGCUCUAUCUAUUGAAGCAUUACUCGAUUCGCUCAUUUGUUUAUUUGAUGAGUGCUGCAGUUCGACAUUACGGAAAGAGAAAAAUAUCGCCGAUUUUGUCGAAUAUGUGAAGCCAAUAGUGGUAAAAGCCAAGGCAUUACGUCUUUGUCGGGAAGAUUUUGAGGUUUUGAAAGUCAUAGGGCGUGGUGCCUUUGGCGAAGUCGCUGUAGUUCGAAUGCGUAAUACUGAACGGGUUUAUGCCAUGAAAAUAUUGAACAAAUGGGAAAUGUUGAAAAGGGCCGAAACAGCAUGUUUUAAAGAAGAACGAGACGUUCUUGUUUACGGUGACCGAAGGUGGAUUACUAAUUUGCAUUACGCAUUCCAAGAUGAGCGUAAUUUAUAUCUGAUUAUGGAUUACUAUGUUGGUGGGGACCUCUUAACUUUGUUGUCAAAGUUUGAAGUUCGAAUUCCUGAAGAUAUGGCGAGGUUUUAUGUUGCUGAGAUGGUUCUUGCCAUUGACUCUGUUCAUCGCCUUGGUUAUGUGCAUCGGGAUAUAAAGCCCGAUAAUGUUUUACUUGAUAUCAAUGGUCAUAUUCGGCUGGCAGACUUUGGUAGUUGCCUGAAGUUACUUCCCGACGGCACUGUUCAUUCGAAUGUUGCCGUAGGUACUCCUGACUAUAUAUCACCAGAAAUUUUAAGGGCUAUGGAAGAUGGACGAGGUAGAUAUGGUGCAGAAUGUGACUGGUGGUCUUUAGGUAUAUGCAUGUAUGAAAUGCUCUACGGUUUAGCUCCUUUUUACGCAGAAAGCUUGGUGGAGACCUACGGAAAAAUCAUGAGUCAUCAGGAAAUGUUGGACUUUCCUGAUGAUAUCGAUGUUUCUGAUGAAGCGAAAGAUCUUAUGAAGAGGCUGAUUUGUCCUCGAGAAACUAGACUUGGUCAGAACGGUUUUACAGAUUUCGCGUCACACCCAUACUUUUCAUGUAUUGACUGGGACAAGAUUCGCGAAAUGGAUGCACCGUACAAACCGGAAGUUUCGAGCCCUACUGACACUUCGAAUUUUGACAUUGAAGCUUGCUCGCCGGAUUUUACGCCUUGUGACACGAAACCUCCCAACGUAACAGCGCCGUUUACAGGACACCAUCUUCCCUUCAUUGGUUUUACCUACACCCAUGACAGCUUACUUUCUGACUGCAAAAACUUGUUACCAGUCAGCAGUGAAGUGAAAAGCGAAGAUGCAUCGUAUAAUGAACUAAAUGCAAAAAUUCAGCGGUUGGAGCAAGAAAAAAAUGAGAUUGCUGAGAAGCUUCGAGAAGCGAACUUACUGGUUCAAGCAAAGAAUGUUGGGAAUUCUGCUGGCGAAGAAAAUGUUGUUGAUGUUACUGCAUAUGAACAGACUAUCGCUCAGUUGAAAGAUGAAAUUCAGAUACUGAAGAAACGCCUGGCUGAAGAAAGUAGCGCUUCCCAGCGACCAGCGAAGGAAAUCAGCCAGGAGGAACUAGAAAAGAAACUGAAGGAAUUAAAAGAGAAAAAUCGGCAGUUAAUUUUAGAGAAACAGGAACUCCAGAGGGAUCUCGAAGAAACUUCCGAACGUUUGACCAUCCAAACAAGAGAGCUGAAGGAGGCAAUCAAACAUAGAGACCUUGCUAAACAAGACUAUGAUGAACUAAAUACUGCUCUUCUUGAUGAACGUGACAAGUCUAAGAAAUUAGAGAAGCAGUUCAAGGAAAAGGAAGCAGAGAGUAGUCAGUUGCGACAAAAGGUCGAUGCUUUCAAAGUGGAUUUACGGAAGGCAGAAUCAGUACGGCAAGAAGCAAGUGCUGCUGCAGAACGUUUGCAACAAGAUCUUACUAGCGAACGUAUGUUGCGCGAAACUUUGCAAACAAAGUUGGCCUCUCAAGAUUCCAAGAACGAGAGCGAAGAAGUGUCAAGGUUGAAUGCCGAAAUUGAAAAAUUGAAUGCGAGGUACGCUGAAAUGAUGGAAUCAGAAGAGAAGAAAAGAGCCCAAACUGUUGAGUACUGGCAGGCGCAAGUUACCGACCUUCGGAAUUCCGUUGAUCAGCAACAAGUGGAAAUUCAGAAGAUGAAGGAACGGCAUGAGGAAGAAACUGUAGAAUGGCGCACGAAACAUGAGGAGCAGAUUGCUAAUAUUGAAGUAAGUCUCUAUGACCGACGACAGAAAAUGCUUGAAGAAGAAAAUGUUCGGACCGCAAGAGAGAAUGAGGAGCUGCGAAAUGAGCUUAUGAAGCUUGAAGCGGAACUUGGUGUUCGUAUGCAAAAUGCUUCUCUCAGCAAUACUGCUGGCUUGAAUGGAAAUCAGCUUCAAGAGCUUUUACAGUGGGUUAAUGACGAAAAGGACGCUCGAGAAUCUCUGCAGAACCUGGCCAGUAGGUUGCAUGGAGACGUAGAAUCUCUCAAAAUGCAACAGUCUUCCAGUGCUAACAGGGGAUCAUACACUAACGGUACACCUUUGUCAGGAACGUCUGAGAGAAGCGGUUGGGGAUCUCGUCGUAUGAACAAACAAACUAAAAUUGAGCUUUUGGAAGCACAACAAGCUUUGCAGUCUGAAAUUCGAGCAAAGCAACAAUUGAUGGAAGAGUUAAAGAACACUCGUUCUGCUUACCUUGCAACGAAGCAAAGACUAGAUGAAGCUGAGAAUAGAGUAACUUCUCAAACUCGUGAAAUUGAAAAGCUGUUAGAAGAAAAGGACCAACUUUCUCGAUCUUUUGCACAGCAUUCGGAUUUCACGGACCAGAACAGUUCAUUUUUCAAUGUCGUUGGAGAACCAAACCUGGACAGAAUGCCUGCAAACAUUCGAGGGCUGUCGCAUCGUGAUAGCUAUGGAAGUCAGUUAUCUGCGAAUGCAAGUGAUUACGAAAUAUCGAACACUUCUUUGCUAAGGCAUCAGCAACUUAUAAAACAGCAAUCGUACAGCAACAUGAGUCCUGUUCAUACAAUGGCUACCUAUGAAAAUGCUAGACUCCACACCCCAACGCCAAGCACAGCAUCUACCUUAGUCAUUGGAACUCAAGGAAGGGGAGCAAGCCCUAAGGUGAUACAGUCGUUAAACAACGCCUUAAAUGGGAAGGGUCACCGUUUUUCUCACAUUCACCUUCAAGCUCCCUCAAAGUGUGGUCAUUGCACUUCAAUCUUAGUUGGACUGGACCGACAAGGCUUAUUUUGUCAAGACUGCCAGUACGCAUGUCACGUUAAUUGUGCUCCCAAGGUUCCCUCUAUUUGUCCGGUUCCCCCAGAAGCACGUCGACCUUUAGGUAUAGACCCACAGAAGGGAGUUGGUACGGCAUACGAAGGUUUGGUCAAAACACCGAAACCAGGUGGCGUCAAAAGGGGCUGGCAGUCGACUUACGUUGUUGUAUGUGAUUUCAAAUUGUAUUUGUACGAUUGCAACGUGGAUAAACACGGAAAGGCUAUUGACAUACGACCGGUAAUUAGACAAGUUCUGGAUAUGAGAGAUACGGAUUUCACUGUGACAGGGGUUACAGAAUCUGAUGUUAUUCAUGCUUCAAGAACAGACUUACCAAAAAUAUUUCGUGUGACAACUAGCCAGAUACAUGGGACAUUGCCAAGUUUGGGCAACAAUACCACCAGCUCGACUUCGAGUAGCGGAAGUACUGGAUCAGAAGGACCAGUUGCCCGGCAGUACACUCUUCUUAUGGCUGAUAAUAAUGAGGAGAAGACGAAGUGGGUUAUAGCGCUUAAUGAAUUAAAAAGUUUGUUACGGAAAUCAAAGUUGCCGGACAAGAGUGCUUUUAUGGUGAAAGAAGUUUUUGAUUCAUAUACUUUGCGAGAACUCAGGAAUGUUCAGUGCGCGGCAAUCAUAGAUAAAACAAGAGUAGUGAUGGGUUUUGUUGACCACGGCCUAUUUACAGUUGAUCUUGAUAGAGAGACUCUGACUCCUGUAGGAGGAGAGCGAGAAAACAAUAAAAGGACUGUAGAACAUGUAGAGUACAAUGCAGAAGAACAGCUCAUUAUUGCGAUGCUGGGGCCGCAGAAGGAUAGGCAUAUUCGUGUAAUACCAACUGCAGCGUUAGACGGACGAGAUUUGAAGUGGAUUAAAGUAUCAGAUACUAAGGGUUGCCAUCUUAUGACAGUGGGAGCGGGAAACUCUUCCGACCCAUGUCACUAUUUUUGUGCUGCAGUGAAGAAAACUGUCUUAGUGUUUUUGAUUGAUCGAAGCGAAAAAAGGCAUAGAAAGAUGCGGGAGUUAGCUAUGCCUGGACAGCCACAAACACUGUCUAUAAUUCAAGGGAAGCUUUGUGUUGGCUAUCCAUCUGGUUUUCGCAUGUGGGAUUUGAUCGAUAACACCACUACUGCGCUAGUAAACUUGGAAGACGCAUCUUUACAAUUUUUAAAUCAAACUCUCUAUGAUGCGCAGCUCAUUGUGAAUGUAAGCGGGUAUGAACAAAAGGAAUUUUUGCUGGUAUUUUCGAGGCUGGGCGUCUAUGUGCUGCUUAAAGCCAGUUACUAUACAACAAAAAGUCGUCGGUGUCGCUCCCAAGAGUUGAUGUUUCCCUCUGAAGCAACUGCUGGAGGAUUUGUUUGCUCUCCUCCGCACCUUUGUGUAUAUUCUGAACAUCAGAUUGAUGUUUUCAAUGUCAGCACUGCUGAAUGGGUACAAACUAUUAAUUUAAGAAAGGCUUUCCCGCUUACUAAAGAUGGUGUUUUAUCAGUGUGCAUGGUGAAUGAUCUUCCGUAUGUGGUACUUUUGUCAGAUAUUCUCUCAGAUGAAGACGUUCUUACGGUGCAACUCUGGCCGGCAUCUAGCGUGUCGCAGAAUUCUGCAACUUCUUUAACGAAGAACAUUAGUGGGUCCAAACGUCGAAGGAGAUUUUCUAUCAGGACUUCGAAGGAUGAUGAAAGGCAUGGAAAGCCGGGCGACAGACGUAGUCAGUUACAUAUAAGUAACCCCUCCGAUUUUGUGCAUAUUGUUCAUAUGGGCCCUGGUCCUGGAUUUCAAACUAGAGGCCUCGUGGACCUAAAACCUGAUGGCAGCCAUAAUGCUUCUACUAACUCUAGCUCGGGUGGUGCUGCAGAUAAGGUAAGGCAGUUACUUAAUCCCAUAAUGAGGUCAAGCAGUUCUACUAGCGCAGCUGUUCAUAGUGUUCAUGGCUCAAAAAAGGACUUUGAACAUAUACAGUCUAAGGGACGACCUCUCAGCUCACACAGCAAGAGCUCCGAAGUUAAUCGUGUGCGUUAG